GUGCAACGUAAGCAGUGCCACAUCAGCAGUGCCAUGUCAGAUACAGUGCCACGUCAGACAAAGUGCCACGUCAGCAGUGCCACGUCAGCAACAUGACGGGCCUGCCAGGCCAACUGGCCAAUGAGCCCAUUGCCGACUACAAAAAGCGCGUCCAUGCUCAGCUCGCUGCAAUCGAGGCUGAGGAACAACGCCAGCUGGCAGUCAAGGCUGCCCAGCUACAGGCUGAUGAAGCGGCAACAGCAGAGAAGCUGCGGCUACAGGCCGAAGCARACGCAGAUGCCCAGGCUCGCCUCAAGGAAGCCCAGGCUCUGCUGCAGCGGCAUGAAGCCAACAACAUCGAGAAACUCGAGAACUGGCAUUUUGAACCGAACGGCGACGAGCCAACACCGGAAGAACAGCAUAAGGAACUCAUGGCCAAGCUCCUGAGCAGAUUGGUUUACACAUGUAACCACCUACACUCCGAGCUGGCAAACCUUCAGCGGGCCGUGCGGGACCAUAAGAGUCAGCACGAGGAUGUCACACGGGCACUGGACGCCCGUGUACUGGACCUGGAAAAGGCUGUACCAGGACCAGCUGUUGGGGCUUCCAGCAGUGCACCCUCUAGCCGCCAACUGGCGGACCGCGUUGACCACGUAGUGGCAAUGCUCAGCGACAUCAGCACUUUCGCUGCGCCGACCACCACCAUCAGUAGUCAGCUGCAUACAUUGAAGACCGAGGUCCAGCAGCUGCAGACGACGAACGCGGAUGGCAACCCGAAGAUGUAUAAGAUGCCAACUUUCAAUCUGGAGAGGUUCGACGACUACACGCAGCAGGAUCCSGUCCUCUGGUGGGAAGCAUUCACAACGCAACUCAGGAUUCUGCCCGUAGCCAAGCAUGCGUACAUCGGCGCCCUGUUCCUGAACUCAAAGGGCGGAUGCCAGACCUGGUUGAGCCACCUGGCAGCCUCCCACGGCGUCGACGUACCAGACUUGAAGGACCAAAUCACAUGGGAAGAACUGACACGGCUGUGGAAGAAGCGGUUCAUCGUCGACGACGUGCCGGCACGCGCCAUCAACCGUUUGUUCACCAUGUCACAGGGCAACACUGCAACACGGGAUUGGCUCACAGAGUGGCAGAAGAUUGCGGCAGUGCCCAAUCUGGAGCUGCCUUUCACUCACCUCAGACGUGAGUUCUACAACAGAUCCUGCGCUGCAUUGAGCCAGGCUCCUGGUGAUCGCGAGCAGUACUCCACUUUCGCCGAGAUUAUCGACAAGGCGAGGGAGAUCAUCAAGACCAACAGGUCAGCUGCACACGAGAAGUCACCAUGGCAGCCGACCUAUGUGGAGAAGGUACGAACAAGUCCGCAACAGCAGCACUUCGCUGCAGUCCAGCAGGACAGUGGAGAUAACCCAACAGCCACUCCAGCAUCAAGUGACGGAGAUCAGGUGGCUGCUGUCCAGCCGCGAAGCAACAACAAGUCCCGCAACAAUGGGAAGGCAAAAUCCGCAUCGCAGGCCGGAAAUGGACAGCCAGUACAACUGCUACUGGUGCAACAGCACCAAGCACAAGACCUCCCUGUGCCAAGAUCAGGGCAAGGAGGAUGUGUGACCCCGCCUCAGCUCGGGAAACUGAGCUCCGCGGAAGGUGAGGCGACUCCACCUUCUACUCCGCCAGAUUCGGCCGCCUUGCAAGCGGCCUCCUGCACAUCUGGGGAGGAUGCGAAUGUCGGAAGUCCUCAGUAUACUUACGAGGAUUAUGCUGUCCACUUGGUUCCACCGCUGGACCAAACGCUCCACGUGCAGCAGUCCACCACAUGCACGGUUUCAUCACCAUCGGCAACCGAUUCGGCAGCUUCGCCGCAAUCUAUCGCCAGGGAUUCGACGUCAUGGUCAAGACAUGAAGAGCUCGACCCGUUGACGUUCACGGACUUCCAGUGGAUAUCCGUUCCCUCGACCGGACGAUUGCCGAAACCGCAUUGCAAUGCGCUAAUGGCACAACUGCGGGACUACUUGCACACUGCAGUACCAGCUCCGUUGAUGGACGCCGGAGCAGAGGUUGUCGACCUUCACGCUUACAUCGCGAAGAUCGACCGCGAGUUCAAGACGCAAUGGUACAACGACAUCGACGCACCAUUGCUAUACGUACGCAUUCAGAUUGGAGAGGCGACCUGCAGUGCCUUGAUCGAUUGCGGAGCAUUUCGCAACUACAUCAGCCAGGACUUCAUGGUACGCGCCGGCCUUGGCCCACGUGUCCGGAGGAAGUCCCAGCCUACGCUAGUCACUCUGGCAGACGGUCAUACACACAAGUCCAUCGACCGGUGCAUUGAAGCCGUCCCAGUGUACUUUGCCCCUCACGCAAGUGAGGCGGUGUCCUUUGACAUUCUAGACACCAAAUUCGACAUGAUCUUGGGCAUGUCAUGGCUGCGAAGCGAGGAUCACCCGGUGAACUUCUUCCACCGCACCGUUCACAUCCAUGAUCGAAACGGAGUACUAGUUCCAUGCACGGUGCCUCUUCCUCAUCCUUCGAUCAGCUGCCACGUGGUAUCUGCCGCAAGCAUGCGAGCUUCCAUCAUCAGAGACGACAUCGAGGAGAUGGGGGUGUGUUUUCUCCACGCCCUCCCGCCCCAUGACGCUUCAUCGACGGACUCACCUUCGGAUCCACGCAUCACCGAACUUCUCGACGCCUACAGCGACGUGUUCGAAGGCCCGCACGGGGUAGUACCGGAUCGACCCAUCCGCCAUGAGAUCAUGCUCGAGGACGGGGGCGUACCUCCGCGCGGUUGCAUCUACCAAAUGAGCGAGGAAGAGUUAAGUGUGCUCCGCGCACAACUCGACGACCUUGUAGAGAAAGGUUGGAUUCGGCCUAGCUCAUCGUCAUACGGUGCUCCUGUUCUCUUCGUCCAGAAAAAGAACAAGGGCCUGCGGUUGUGCAUCGAUUAUCGCAAUCUCAACGCGCAGACGAUCAGGAACGCCGGCCCUCUCCCGCGAAUCGAUGACCUUCUCGAGCGAUUAAGCGGCGGCCAGUUUUUCUCUAAGCUGGAUCUCAAGUCAGGGUACCACCAACUCGAGAUUCGCAAGGAGGAUCGCUACAAGACCGCGUUCAAGACACGGUAUGGGCAUUUCGAAUGGCUGGUCAUGCCGUUUGGCCUUACGAAUGCCCCAGCCACUUUCCAAGCAGCUAUGACAACGGAGUUCCGACACAUGCUGGAUCGGUUUGUACACAUCUACCUCGACGACAUCUUUGGUGUAUAGUCGGAGUUUGGACGAGCAUGUGGAGCACCUGCGCACCGUUUUG